CAGCGCUAUAAACUCAGUCGCCAAUCACACCGCCUCUGUUGCCUUUCAAACAAGAAGAACCAAACCAGAGACGGCUCCGGUGCUCAGGCCACUACCUAACCCCGGAUCCAGUAUAGCGAGAAAUGGCUUCUCUGCUGCAGAAGAUCGAGACGGACGAGUCGGUGCUACUAAGAGUGACGCAUUCCAACCUCAAAACCUUCUCGGCGGAAAUCCGAUUCUCUCUUCAGAGCUCCGUCGAGGCCGUCAAAGACAAGCUCUGGCGCAAAUGCGGCACCUCCGUCAAUUCCAUGUCUCUUCAUCUCUACGAUGACGCCAACACCAAGCUCGCCGAUCUCGACGACAAUUCCAGACCUCUCGGCUUCUAUUCCCCUCUCGACGGGUUCCGGCUACAUGUUAUAGACCUGGACCCGUCGUCGGUGACCUCUGGCGGGUGGCUGGAGGACACGUCGUUGGUGGAGAAGUAUACUAUUUCACAGGAAGCUUAUGAGAAGCGCGAUGGCACUUUUAGAAAGUUUAAGGACAGAUUGGGGUCUAAGAAUACAUCAGCUCCUGAUAACAAGAUACCAGACAACUACAUGGAAGACCUCUGUGCGAAUAUCAAGGUAGGAGAUAGAUGUCAAGUUGAACCAGGGGAUAAAAGAGGCAUUGCUAAAUUUGUUGGCCAAGCUGAAUCUCUGGCUCCUGGUUUCUGGGUUGGAGUUCAAUAUGAUGAACCAUUGGGAAAGCAUGAUGGCAUGGUGAAAGGAACUCGUUAUUUCAAUUGCCCUCCUCUUCAUGGCGCAGUGGUUCGACCAGACAAAGUCAAGGUCGGUGACUACCCAGAACGAGAUCCCUUCGAGGAGGAUGAAAUUUGAGCAAAUCUUUAGGAGAAUACCCUUUGGACCAAAAAAAGUGGAGGAAAUUUGCUACCGUUACUACUCACUGACCAUUUUUAGGCAAUCACCUCGCCCUUUCUUCCUUUAUUACAUGUGUUCAGGUUGUAAUGCUCCGGCAAAUGAAACCUUCCAAAGUGGUAAAGGUCGUUAAAAUUGUUAAGGUGUUUCAGGGUCGAAAUGGAAUUGUAGGUAUAAAGCUUUGCUUCCCUUACCUGUACUUUACAUGCUUUUUAUGUCAAGGGAAAAAGCAGUGAAUUUAAGAAUCAAUGUUUUCAAGCUGAGAUCAUACUGAAUUCCAUUUGUCGCAUCAUAAGAUUGUUUUAUUGAACCACAAUUAUGUAACACACUGAUUAAUCUACUUGAGUAUUGAAGAAGUAAGAGAGGAAA